AUGGCGACUGGCCGUGGUGCCUCAAAUGCUCGUUCUCGUGGUCGUGGUCAUGGUCGUGGUAGGGGCCGUGGUGGACACAGUGCCACAGUGGACACUUCGACAACACUUCCUGGCGGUUCUCUGGCCACAACGUUUCAGGUUGACCUUUCCCAUCCACCCGCCUCUCACGUCCCACCAGUAACAUCGGGUCAGGACCUUGGCACUGUCUGGGAGUCUGAAACUGUUGUUUCCUCAUCGUCUCACACCCCUGCCACUUCCCAUCCCGGUGGACAUAGCUCAGCGGCUCUUGGUCGCUCAUCGCCAACAGAGCUUGUUGACAUUGCCCAUGUUUCCGAUUCAUCGGAAAGUUGCAACACUUCACCUACCCCAUCUCAGCCUCGCUUUGAUACCAGCGAGACCCUGGCUGGCUUGUCUGUGGCCGCCAAAGCCAAUGAUGUUUGGAGCUUUUACAUUGAAGAAGACGGAGAUGCGCACGUCUGUACAUUUUGCCGAAAGAUCUAUCAUAACCGCGAGCGGUUCAAGGUCAAGAAGUUUGGCUUGAACACGGGGACCACUGUAUUACGCACCCAUUUGUACGACCAUCACCUUGCCGACUGGGUUGAUUCUUGCGAUGAGGCUGGUAUCUCUAUUACCGCUGAAUUCGUUCAGAAAAAGGUAGAGGUGCAUAGGCAAUCAUCGAGGCAAGGUACUGGUGCUGGGACAGCUCCCCAGCGGGACUCUAGCGUAAUCCCGCAAUCGUAUCCCUACUCCCACGACACUUUUAUAGACGCCCUCGUAAAAUGGAUUGUUUCCGAUGAUCAAGUAGGGCUCCACGUCUGA